AUGCCCAUCCACUACAAUAUCCACACAAAAGAACCGUACCUGCGCUUACCAGAACCCUUAUCCAAUAUCAUCAUCACUCCCCACCGUCUGCACCAACUAGAAGAGACUAUCGAUGCAAAGGUCCCGCUACUCAAUGACCCCAUAAUCUACCUCAAUCUUACUGGUCCUCCGUACCCCUAUCUCCGCGAGCAUGAAGAAGAAUGGGUAAAAAUGAGGUGCGAAGCUGGAGCGCCAGUUCUCAAUGCGCUGCGUGCGGAAUUCGAGACAUCAGUCAAGGAGCAACAGUUCUUUGAUUUUUGUCCCUUUAGUGUUAUUCGUGAGGUCACGGAGCAGGAUCCUACGACUGGGGAUCCGCUCAAGGAUAUCUUGAUUGGUGAUGUUGGGAUAAGUCGGUAUUCAUUCUACGAGUAUGAGCAUGGUAGUGAGGAGAAGGCCGAGGCACAGCGAUUGAACGAUGAAUUACCUGCUGGGGAUGAGAGAAUUGUUUGGCAGAUCGGGGAUUUCAUGGCGCCUUCUCACCACGGCCGGGGAAUCAUGACGCAGGCCAUGCGAAUGGUCCUCCAAGACUGGGGCGUCCCGCGCAUGAACAUUAAGCUACUCAAGGCUGGCGCUUUUGUUGAGAAUAUCGGUAGUAUCAAGGUCUUUGAGAAAAAUAACUUCAAAGUUGUCGGCACAUUGAAGGAUUGGGUGUCUAUUUCCGAGAGCCGAGGUGGAGGAAGGAGGUCGCUUGUGCUUGUCAAAUGGAAGGGCUUAUAA